AUGUUGCACAAAAAUAGAGACCAGAAAUGUGCCUACAGGGAGUGCUUUCCGCAAGUAAAGCAUAUGUUCAUGAUGUUCUUCUACAGCUCAUUUAUUUGUAGAUUUUGGAUGACAACAAUUACAACUUCUGACAGGUUCUUGACAAUUCUUGAGAAUACAACAAGAGCGCCAAUAAAUUGUGCUCUCCCUGUGCUGCACCGUUAUUGGUAUAUUUAUUUACCGCUGGCGCUCGUACUUUCAAAGGAUUGUAUCUGCGUCAACGUCUACGUCAGUAAACCAAUCUGUAUGUGCUCGGUCUUUUAUGGAUUGUCGCUUACGAGGGACGCCUGCUUCUCGACUGGAUAGGUCUAGGCGGGUCGCUCUGCGCAACGUGACUUUCGUUGUUGUUGGUUCUUGUUUUGCAAGAACGCCGCUUUUACAUCGCCGGUAGGAGAUGUAGUUGUAGCUGGUUUGCAAAUAAACAGCAGAUCAUGGAGAAACAAGACAUCUCUCUGCUACUUCUGAGUAUCUGAAUACUUACAUCAGGCACGACAAAAACGAAGAUUUACUUGGUGUUGUUUGCAUCAAAAAUGCUAACGGCUUGCUAGCUUGCUAGCAGUUCCAUUUCAAGCGAGUCUACGAUGUUGCGUGCUAUGCAAAGAAGAACUCAGCUUCGAAGCAGGUUGUUGAACCACAGGCAUAGAUAGCAUUACACACGUAUGUUUUGUCAGGAGAUUUAGACCUCUCGGAAGCAAGCGCAAAAAUAAUGAACUUGUGUGCGCGCAAGCGCUGAAUCCCGGCUACUUUCACUGUCGGGAUCGGUGCGACUGCCACUGGUUGUAACGUAACCAUCAAGUGUGUAGUAGGUCGGUAUUCUCUGCCACAGACAAGUACUUAUAACGAGUUCACGUUUGUGAAAACUUCUUGUGCACAAGGGUAACUAAGGGAUACCGAUUAUAACCACACCAAGAUGCACCGCAACGAGAAAGCGUAUUCAUCGCUGAAUUUAAUACAAUAAGAUACGAAAGAACUAAAAUAAGCCGGGGUAGCUUCUUCCACCUCGUCUGUAGAGAACGGAGGAAAAAGUAUCGGAAUGGAUCUUGCGACAGUCGUAGCUGAGCCAUGUGAGGAGGGUCGUAAGCAACACGUGAAGAUCAUGCGGGCCGCCCUCUUCGCUCGCUCAGCUGGUCGCGAGCGAUUUUAUCGUCCGACCUAUGUAUUUCCCCCCCUGGGAAUAUAGGCCACAGCCGCGAGAGCAAACAAGAUACUAAUUGUAACGUAUAAAAGCUCUCGCUCCUCGUCCUACUUGUACCUCUUGUAGCCUUCGCAAUCAAUGGGCAGAAAACAAAGCGCCAGUGCGACAAAAGCCAGAAGAAUGAACGCCCAGCAUCACGAACUUCGAGUCCCCAUGUACAAUGUCAAUUUGAAAAUCCUAAACGCGCAGAUUCGAUAGGGGAAGGCUGUGGGCAUCUGAUAUUUGAGUUGGC